CACUCUCAAAUACGCCACAUACAGAGUAAUUAAUGUGUACUUGCUAGCAGAUGAUAUAACACAGAAUCUGUCACAGUUGCUGAGUUACCACUGAGGCUUAAGUUAUUAAAGUGAGCCAUUGAUCGCAGAAAUUCAAGGUUGGAGGAGUGGCGCGGAUUAAAGUAUUUUUAUCACAAAGCCACGUAUCCACGGCCCUCGUCUGAAACCGAGAGGUGGGAGACAGAAGCGAGGCAGAGUGGAUGGAGGUUGGGAGGAGGAAGAGGAGGAGGAGGAGGAGGAGGGGGAGCGGAGGAGGACAGGAGCAAGAGACAGAUUGAAGAGGAUAGAUUGAAAGAAAGCCCUGCUGUCACCAGCUUGUUCUUCAGUCUUUAGCACCCGGUCGGUACCUUCCACCUUCCCUUCCCUCUGAGGCCUCCGAUUGUUCUCCGAGGCCUAAGGGCCGCCCAGCAUGAAGCAAGCACCAUGGGCUUUCUGGAAAACUACCAGGAGAUCGACCCCGUCACUUUGAACCUUUGCAUCCUCAUUGCCAGCUACGUUAUCUUGCUCCUGGUCUUCCUGAUAUCGUGUAUCAUGUACGACUGCCGAGGCAAAGAUCCAACCAAGGAGUACGCCCCUGACCCGCAGCCGACCCAGUCUCCCAUCAGGCUGGUGGUGAUGCAGAGCUCUCCAGCACCGGCGGGACGAUGGGACACGGCCAACAUGAUCACAACCUACCACGAGCCAACGCACUCGGACUUUAGGGAGAAGAAGAGCACGAUGGUCUAAGCGAGACUUUAACCUUUGUACAUAGUUGACUCUU